AUGGACCCUUCCUUAGUCUCAAGUUUGAGGCUCAUUUGCCCACAAAAUGCAACGAAGGACAACACAGUUAGUCUAGAUCAGAACCAGCUACGUACAAACCUGUUUGACAAUUCAUAUUAUGUGCAGUUGAUGAGAAACAGAGGAAUUCUACAGAUAGACCAAGAGUUGGCAUUGGAUCCUCGAACUAGGGUUACAGUGAUGUCUCUAGCUAAUGGGUCUAAUUUCACUACCCUGUUUGGUCAGGCUAUGGUGAAGAUGGGAGCUGUAGAGGUCCUUACUGGAACACAAGGUCAGAUUAGGAAAUCAUGCCGGGCCAUUAAUACUGAUCAAAAUGGAGAAAGUAAAAAUUGA